GAAGAACUCCUUGCCGGGAGGCUAUAGAAACAUGGUCAUCUAUCCUCGAGAUAUGAGUGUGCGGGUGGUGUACUACGAUGACGCCGAUGAGCAGAUAACCUACACAGACUAUGAGAAACUCGAGGGCAAACCAGCACCUGUACUAAAGUAA